AUGGGGCAAAAGGCUAUUAUUUUGAGAUAUGUUGAUGAGAAAGGAUUUAUAAAAGAACGUUUCUUUGAUCUUGUACAUGUCCAAGAUAUUGUAGCAAUAACUUUGAAAGAAGAAAUAUGUGUUGCUCUUUCUCGGCAUUGUCUUGCUACUCAAAAUAUCCGAGGUCAAGGAUAUGAUGGUGCUAGCAACAUGCGGGGUGAAUGGAAUGGUUUGCAAGCAUUGUUUUUAAAUGAUUGUCCCUACGCAUAUUGUGUUCAUUGCUUGGCUCAUCCACUCCAGUUGGCAUUAGUUACUGCUUCUCGAAAGGUAAUUCCUAUUCAUAAUUUUUUCUCUGAUUUGAAUUUCAUUCUUAAUAUAAUUAGUGCCUCUUGCAAAUGCCAUGAUCAAUUACAAGCUGCCCAAACAAUUGAAAUUGCAAAUAUGUUGGAAAUUGAUGAACUUGAAACUGAAAAUAUUAUUGAAAAUAGUUCUAAUUAUUCUAUCCGUGGGGAUGCAGCUACAACAUAUAAGAAGAUUACAUCUUUUGGUUUUAUUUUUAUCUUACAUCUAGUGAAAGAGAUAAUUGGUAUUACAUAUAUAAUUUGUCAACUUCUACAACAAAAAUCCCAAGAUACAGUAAAUGCUAUGUACUUAGUCUCAAGCACUAAAGCUUUGAUACAAAAGUUGAGAGAAGAUGGUUGGAACAAUUUGUUGGAAGUUGUGAAAGCAUUUUGUGAAAAACACAAUAUUGAGGUUCUCGAUAUGGAUUCUCUAUAUGUGGUAAAACGUGAUCGUCACCAACAUGUUUAUUUCAAUAUGAAGCACCAUUAUCAGGUUGAGAUAUUCAAUGCUGCUAUAGAUACUCAAUUUCUUGAGCUAAAUAGUAGAUUUAAUCAAUGGACAAUUGAUCUUCUUACCCUUAGCUCCGCUUUGGAUCCAAAGGAUGCUUAUAAAUCCUUCAAUAUGGAUGAUAUUUGUUAUAUUGGGAAAAAUAUUACCCUCUUGAUUUCACUAAGUAAGAAGAAGUAG